AUGUCUCCUUCUGACUUCAAGAAGCUCAAACGCGGCGUAUUGACCACCAUCUUCCAGCUAGCGAUGGUCCGGCAGCUACAGGAGGCGAGUCCCGCGGGACACGGCGAAGAAGACGCCUCAGAAGACGAUGUCCUGCCAGAUCUCGUGAAACCGCGCCACGCGUUGGACUCCGUGCGGUACUCAGUGCCGCGCAAGAAUGCUGUGCGAUCAACGGCCCACCAGCGGUUGCUGCACAUGCUUGGAGAUGAGGAGUUCCGCACAUUUACCCGCGUCUCGAAGAACACCUUCAACGUGCUCCUCGACCUAAUAAGCGACGACGUGGUCUUCCAGCCGAAGCCUAACAGCACGAAAAGACCGCGACGUGGCCAUACAACUUGCGGUAACGCUGGAAUGGUACGGGGCAUACGGGAAUACAUUUAA